CUCCCUCCAACCAUUUUUCCAAAUCAAAACCAUUAUCAAAUAAACCCUUUUUUCAUUUUUCAUUUUUCAUUUUUCCAUUAAUGUCCCUCCUUCCCUUAACCUCCCCCUUUACACAACAUAACAACAAUCAAAAUCAUCUUUUUUUCGUUUAUUUUGCUUUUGAUUUCAACAAAGAAACGACAAAAAUAUCUCCUACGUUGUUGUGUUGUUGUGUUGUGUUGCGUCUGUCACCUUCUGUGUUAAUAGCGGGAAAUUAAAGGUCAAGGAAUUUCAGAUUUUUCCUUCAUUUCUUGCCAUCUACCUCCAUUGAAUUGAAUUAUCAACACUCAUUCAACCCUUUGAUUUGGUGUGUCCUUCUUUGAUUAUACUUUUUCCUGUUCACAUAUUCAUUUAGAACGCUUGAAUUUCAAAAUCUUGUGCCAUUUUCUGUUUUGAGUCCCCAUUAAGAUUCUUCACUCUGGGAAUCUGGAGGGGCAAAGCAUUGAAUUUUGAAAGCCAUAUCCAUUUCUUAUGAAUUCUUAUUACGUGGGAAAUAAGUCAAAUAGAAACAUUGCAGCAUUGAUUUCGCCAGUGGGUUUUCCACUGGCAUGAUCGUCUUUGUUCUCAAUAAAGGGUGUCCAAUACAAGUUUUCACGGUUAAUGGCUACUUGACCAUUGGAAUUAGAAGGGUGGGAGCUUCUGGGUUCCCAACAAAAUACGAGUGUACCCAGUUGCUUAACUUUCACAUAAAAAAAAAGGUAGACAUUAAUUGAUUGAUUGAAGCAACACCAACACCAACAACCCUUUUGUAAGAAUAUGGGGUGCAUAUGCUUUAAGUCCUCAAACAAUGACAAAGUUUUUGAAUAUGAGAAAGACAAGGAAAAGGAAUGGAACAAGUAUUCAGUACAAUUGGUUGCUCCUACUUUGUUUGAUGAUGGUAGCAGGAAUGGUUCGGUGCCCCGAAUGACUAAGUCAUCAUCACAAGUGAUUAGAGGGUCUAUCAAAGUGCCAUCAGAAGAUAAAUGCAACCACUUGGAAUUCACAAAAAGCCAGCUCCAGAAGUGCAUCGCAAUGAAUUCUGGUGUAGGUGACAGAAAGCCACUAAUGAAUAGAAUACUAAGUGUGCAACAUUUUGCUGGAGAAUAUGUUGAUGUUGGAUGGCCAAUGUGGUUAUCUUCAGUAGCAGCAGAAGCCAUCAAAGGGUGGGUGCCUCGAAGGGCAGACUCUUUUGAAAAAUUUGACCAAAUCGGACAAGGGGCUUAUAGCAGUGUGCAUAAAGCUCGUGACCUUGAGACUGGUAAAAUUGUGGCCUUGAAGAAGGUUCGCUUUUCAAGUACAGAUCCGGAAAGUGUCCGGUUCAUGGCAAGGGAAAUCUUUAUCUUGCGUCAACUUGACCAUCCUAACGUCAUGAAGCUCGAAGGUAUUGUCACUUCUAGAACAUCCACCAGUUUGUACCUUGUUUUUGAAUACAUGGAGCAUGACCUUGCUGGGCUAGCAACUAUACAUGGUGUGAAGUUCACUGAACCGCAGGUAAAAUGUUAUAUGCAACAACUGUUUCGUGGGCUUGAACACUGCCAUAGUCGGGGUGUGUUGCACCGUGACAUCAAGGGUUCAAAUCUUCUGAUAGACAGGAAUGGAAAUCUUAAGAUUGCGGAUUUUGGUCUUGCAACACUUUAUGAUCCUAAUAAAAAGCAGGCAUUGACUAGUCGUGUUGUGACUCUGUGGUAUAGGGCACCUGAGCUUUUGCUAGGUGCUACGGAGUAUGGAGUUGCAAUUGACUUGUGGAGUGCUGGUUGCAUUCUAGCGGAAUUGCAAGCGGGGAAGCCUAUCAUGCCUGGAAGGACAGAGGUGGAACAAAUGCACAAAAUUUUUAAACUUUGUGGUUCUCCAUCUGAAGACUAUUGGCAGAGAACAAAGUUUCCCCAUGCAACAAGUUUUAAGCCACAACAACCUUACAGCCGCCAAGUUUCCGAAACAUUUAAAAACUUUUCUCCUACAGCAUUGGCUCUUGUUGAUAAGCUCCUUUCAAUAGAACCAGAAGAUAGAGGAUCUGCAACUUCCGCACUUGAGAGUGAGUUCUUCACUACAAACCCAUUACCUUGUGAUCCCUCAAGUUUACCUAAGUUUUCACCAAGCAAGGAGUUUGAUGCCAAGCGUCGAGAGAAGGAAUCUUCAAGGAAAAAAGUGGAAGCUGUUAAAGGACGAGCACCAGCAUCUGUUUAUAGGGGACCAGGAGAAACCAAAGUACUAGAAACACCAGAUUAUAAUGCACAGGGAAAUAUAUCUAUGCGGGGCAAGUCAAAUACAAGAAUGUCCCGUCUUAAAUAUCAAUCCCAGGAGGAUGGUGUGCGUAACGACAUCAGCGAUCCUAACAAAACAAGUCUACACAAUGUCCACACACAUUCUACUUCAAUGAUGACCAACAGUAUAGCAAUGCCAUCCUUGUUAAGUAAGAAACAAGAAUCUUCUAGGCUGAAUCCUGAGUUCUGGACACACAAGUCUAAUAUGAAUCAUGCAGCAGCAGAUUUGUCUGCCGCUUCCAUUAAAAAGGAACAUGGGAUGGGCUAUUUUCCGAAGAAAAGUAGGAUACACUGCUCUGGGCCAUUGGUGCCUCCAGGUGGCAACAUUGAUGACAUGUUGAAAGAGCAUGAGCGAUUAAUGCAAGAUGUUUUCCGAAGUGUGAAAGCGAAUCCGUAAAACCAAAGUAUGAAGAGAAAUUGUUUUGGAAAGGGAGUGAUAUGUAAAAUGGUAACAACCCCACAUAUGUAGCAUGGAUGGUUAAGUAUUAUUCUGAUGACUGGGGUUCUUUGGUGCGGACUUGUUGACAGA